AUGUUUUCGAAUGUGAAGCCUCCCUUCGGCACAACUUUAUUUGGAGCCUCAACGACUCAAGCCCAACCUCAGGCUAGCAUAUUUGGCCAGUCCAGUCAGAGUGUUGCUCCUGGACUUGGCUUAUCUGGUCAAGUAAAUACAGUUUUCAAUGCUACUUCUUCAGUGGGCACCUCUAUACCGUUUAACCCACCUAUAUCAUCAGAGACUGCCCAACGCAAUGGGCAAUCUCAACAAGUCAACACCAAGCAUGAAUUGCGAUUGGAAGAUUACGGACUUAAUUUGCGACCGGGAACUCAACAAGGUGCUGCGAUAGUAUCCUUAUUUGGUGGCCCCACAGGCACGGCCACGAAUAAGCCAUUUGGGUUUGGUGCCACUUCAGUUGCGCCCACUGCUAGUUUGUUUGGUGCCGCCACUACCACAACUCAGAGUGGUAGUAUAUUUGGUGGCAGUUCACUUUUCAGUGGAGUAGCGGCAACGACCCAAAGUUCUGUAUUUGGUAACAAGCCACUCUUUGGCUCUCCUAUGACGAGUCAGGCUUCGGGGACAAGUAUAUUUGGUGCUACCACCAGUCCAGCGGCCCAAACGGGUACAUUUGGAGCUUUUGGGCAGACAAAUUCUGUUUUUGGAACGAAGCCACUUUUUGGUGCAACUGCUACUACAUCUGGUAGUAUAUUUGGAGCUCAAACAACCACUUCUCCUGCGUUUGCAUUCGGACAGACGCAACCACAGCAGCCGAAUUUGUUUGGAUCACCUACCGCCUCUGCAAAACCAAAUCUCCUUUUUGGAGGAGCACAAGCUAAUACUGGUUUAGGAUUUGGAGCUACUGGCGCAACAAAGCCUCCUACAUCCGCGGCCACUGGUCUUUUUGGCUCACCAGCUACUUCCAACACGGGCUUCAUUUUUGGUGCUCCAAAGCCAGCGGCAUCAACUGGCUUGUUUGGUGCUGCCCCCGCUACUAGUACAACAGCUAAGCCAGGAGGCAUGUUUUCUUUCGGCCCGACACCUGCUACUUCAGGCUUUUCUGGAUUCGCGACCACCAUUUCUCAGGCCUCUACUGGUGUGUCGCCUUUUGCAGGUUUUGCUGCAACAAAUCCUGCGGGAUCCAGCUUAUUUGGCCAACAGUCAGUUAUUAAUAAUAAAAAGCCACUUUUUGGAACUGGCACGGCUCAACCAGUUGCCACAGGAUGCGGACUUUUUGGAACCAGCACUAUUUCUGGUGCUGGAGGGGCGCUUGGCUCAACUACUGGCUUCGGUACGGGCCUUUUUGGCUCAUCUGCAGCGGGAGCUCAGGCUACAGGUUUUGGAUUUGGUGGCCCCCAGGUCGGCCAGGUUUCCUUAUCUGGAGCGGGGCUCCUAGGGAACACCGGGUUGCAGAAUUCAGCCGGAUUCGGCUUGGGAAUGAAUACCAAUCCGUCUACUGGCGGUUCACUUUUAGGGGGAGGACUAAAAGCUGGAUUUGGAUCUGGAUUAACUGGAACUGGUCUUCUAGGCUCAACUCUCGGUUCUGGUUCCAUCGGUGGUGUCGGGGGCAGUUUUUUUGGCUCGGGUGUCAAUCAAACAAAUCAAAAUGUCUUUGGAACCGGAUUUGGCGUAAUUAUUUUUCUGUUUGAGCUAACUAUAUUCCUCUAUAUCCUUGAUAAUUUGAUACGGCUUCAUUAUUUCUAA